CUCAGUACACUAUGCACUCACCAAAUAGCAUCAUGACCUCUUGCAGCAGAAGCACACACCCUGUGCCACGGCACUACUAUUUCGGGCUUUGGCUUACGAGCAUUCUAUUGGUCACGGCGGCAACAACGCCGACGACGAAGGGGUGCGUAGAGGGCGAGAGGGACGCCCUCCUCGACUUCAAAACCGGCAUCCUCAAGGAUCCUUCCAGCCGUUUGUCAUCAUGGCGAGGCCGAGUAGACUGCUGCAGAUGGAGCGGGGUGGUCUGUGACAACAGAACCGGCCAUGUCGUGGAGCUCAACCUCCAGAAUUGCUACCCUGAUAACGAUGAGAUGUCUAUCGGAGGUGAGAUCAGACCAUCCUUGCUCCUGCUAACUCAUUUGGAGCGUCUCAACCUCAGCCACAAUGACUUAUCGACCGAUGGCCUGCACUGGCUCUCGCGUCUCACUUCCUUGAGAUACCUCGACAUGAGCUUUGUGAACCUUUCCAUGGCCUCCCACGAUUGGCUUCAAGCAGUGAACAUGUUGUCCUCACUAGAGGAGCUACAUUUAUCAGACUGUGGCCUCACCGACCUCCCCUCUUCUCUUUCCCAUGUCAACCUCACAGCACUGGCCACUCUGGACAUCAGUGACAAUCUCUUCAACUCCACCAUCCCCAACUGGCUAUGGAAACUCCACAGACUCUCUUAUCUUGAUCUCAGUUUUUCUAUGUUUCAUGGUGCCAUACCCGCUGGGAUUGGAAAUUUGGCCGAUCUAAGAGAACUUCAUCUUAGUGAUAAUUCACUUUCAGGUCCCAUACCCACUGAGAUUGGAAAUUUGAAUAGUCUAGAACUUAUCAAUCUCACGAAUAAUUUACUCUCUGGAUCGUUACCUACUGAGAUCGGCAAGCUUUCCAACCUCAAUAUUCUUUCUCUCUCUAGUAAUUCCCUAGAGGGCACCAUGUCUGAACUCCAUUUCGCUAACUUAACCAAACUAAGUGAGCUUGAUGUAUCCGAAAACUCCCUAGUCAUCUCAGUAGGCUAUGAUUGGAUUCCUCCUUUUCAACUCCAAUCCAUUCGACUGAAGUCUUGUAAGUUGGGGCCUGCAUUUCCAAGAUGGCUCCGUUCACAAAACUCCAUUAAGGAUUUGGAUAUGUCGAACACAAGCAUUGAGGACGUCUUGCCUGAUUGGUUUUGGAACAUUUCCGCUUUUUCUAUAAAUCUCUCCCAAAAUCAGAUUAAUGGUACUUUGCCAACUUUCUCGGAGCAAAUGACAAACCUAGCCACUCUGAAACUAAGUAUGAAUUUGCUUGAAGGCCCUAUUCCUCGUUUGCCACCUUCCUUGAGUUAUUUGUAUUUGUAUAGUAAUUCUUUUUCGGGAUCGUUGUCAUCAAUUUCUCUCCCACUAGAAUUGGAACUGUUGGAUCUCUCACAUAACCAUAUAAAUGGGAGCAUACCAUCAUUUAUCUGCAACUUGAGACAACUUCGUAUCCUCGAUCUAUCCAGCAACCAAAUAUCAGGUGAAAUCCCUUGGUGUUGGCAAGAGACAAACUUCCUUUUCUAUAUUAAUCUAGCGGAUAACAAGCUCUCGGGAGAAAUUCCUAGCUCUAUUGAAAAGUUGACUCAUCUUCGAUCUUUGCACUUAAACAAUAAUAGUCUACAUGGGCAUCUUCCUUUGUCAUUGAAACAUUGCAGUGGACUAGUUUUUCUUGAUCUUGGCGACAAUAAAUUCUCAGGUAGCAUACCUAGGUGGAUUGCACAAAAUUUUCAAAAACUAGAGGUACUCCGACUAUGCUCAAAUAUGUUUUCUGGUAACAUUCCUACAGAGCUUGGACAACUUCAUCAUCUACAUAUUAUCGACCUUGCUAAUAAUAAUUUAUCAGGGCUAAUUCCACGCUCCUUUGGCAAUUUAAAUGUAACAAAAACUUAUAUGCAACGAAAAUUGACUAGUCUACGCCAAUGUAUACCUUAUGUUGCAUUGAGUCGCCCUGUGGGUCGCUUUGUGAGUCACCCUACGGGUCGCUUUCCGAGUUGCCCUGCGGGUCGCUUUGUGAGUCACCCUACGGGUCGCUUUCCGAGUUGCCCUGCGGGUCGCUUUGCGAGUCACCCUACGGGUCGCUUUGCGAGUUGCCCUGCGGAUUGCUUUGCGGGUCGCUUUGCCGGUCGUCUUGCUUUGCCAUUUUUUGAUGGUACUUAUGAUGAUAGCAUCAUUCUAACUAUAAAGGGAAAAAGUCUCAUCUUUUCGAUUAUUGUUUACCUUGUCAAUAUUAUAGACUUUUCAAAUAAUAAUUUGAUCGGAGAAAUCCCAAUAGAAAUUGGGUCUCUUUCGGCACUCCAAACUUUAAAUCUAUCAAGAAAUAAUUUUGUCGGCCAAAUACCAGCGACAAUUGGUGCCAUGAAGUCAUUGGAAACUCUAGACCUUUCAUUUAAUAAGUUUUAUGGAGGCAUUCCUCGAAGCUUGUCAGACAUGUAUUCUCUGAAUCACUUGAAUCUGUCUUACAACAAUCUAUCAGGAGUUAUUCCUUCGGGAAAUCAACUACAAACACUCAAUGACUCAUCCAUUUAUAUUGGCAAUGCAUAUCUAUGUGGAGCUCCCCUCAUCAAGAGUUGUUACGAUCUUAAAAGUAACAAUGUGACAAAAGAAGACAACAAAGACGAAUCCUUUACGCCAUCAUAUUAUUUGAGUAUCAUACUCGGAUAUUUGGUUGGAUUAUGGAGCGUAUUUAUCAUUAUGCUGUUCAAGAAAAAUUGGAGGGUUUUCUAUUUUCAGAUGUUUGAUAAAAUAUAUGAUAGAGCUUAUGUUGUCAUCAAAAUAAGAAUUAAUAGAUUAACAACUGAUUGAGGGUGAGGACGCCAUCAAAAGUCAUUGUAAUAGGAGUAUCUUGUGUGUUGUAUCCAUAAUAAGUUUGAAUCUUGCAAGAUUGAGAUCA